ACCUGCAAUUAAGAGUUUAAAGUCGAGCCGGUCGGUCCCAUGUGGGCUUGAAACUGGAGGGUUCCCACGGUGAAUCUUGCCUAGACUUGGGCCAGUCAGCUGUAAAUCCACCGCUUAUUUUGCAUCUGUUCUCUCAUUUGCGUUUGGAUCCAUCAGAUAAGGAGCUCAUCUCCUGAGAGAGAAUGAAACCUCUCAAGGCCCUCAACAGGCCUCCCACUGUACUUCUAUUACUAUUUCUGGCUCUCACUUCUUCAAUCGUCAUCCUCGCUAUCCAAUCCACAUUCUUCAGCGGGGCUGGCAAAAAUGGUGUCACCAGCAGGGAUAUAUCUGAUCUUUUCGCUUUCCAGAACAAAAUCCAGCAAUGUGUGGCAACAAAGGGCCUUGGACUCACUGCACACGUUAUUGACCACUGUAAAUUAGUGCUUAAGUUCCCAAAAGACACCAACAGCACGUGGUACAAUGUGCAAUUUAAAAGAUAUGAACCUCUGGAAUACCCAUUUGAUGUUUGCGAGACCAUUUUACUUUGGGAACAGUACCGUAACAUGACUACGAUUUUGACAAGGGAAUAUCUAGAUGCUCGGCCUAAUGGGUGGCUAGAGUACGCUGCACAGAGGAUUUCGCAAUUGGGAGCAAAAAAGUGCUACAAUAAAUCUCUUUGCGAGGAACAUCUAAAUCUAAUUUUGCCAUCGAGGCCUCCUUUCUAUUCCCGUCAGUUUAGGACAUGUGCAGUUGUUGGGAACUCGGGCGAUCUAUUAAAAACAGAGUUUGGGCAAGAGAUAGAUGCCCAUGAUGCAGUUAUUCGGGAAAAUGAGGCCCCUGUCAAUGAGAAAUAUGCAAAAUAUGUUGGGCUGAAGAGAGAUUUCCGCCUUGUAGUGAGAGGAGUUGCAGCCAAUAUGGUUAGUGUUGUUAAUGGAUCUGCAGAUGAAGUGUUGAUAAUUAAAAGUAUGAUUCAUAGAGAUUUCAAUGCAAUGAUAAAGGGGCUUCCAAAUCCAGUUUAUCUUUUCCAAGGUAUUGUGCUUCGAAGAGGUGCGAAAGGAACAGGAAUGAAAUCAAUUGAGCUGGCUCUCUCCAUGUGUGAUAUAGUUGACAUUUAUGGCUUCACCGUCGAUCCUAGCUAUACAGAAUGGACACGUUACUUUUCAGCCCCUAAGAAGGGGCAUAAUCCACUGCAAGGGAGAGCAUACUACCAACUUCUGGAGUGCCUUGGUGUUAUUAGGAUUCAUUCUCCUACGAGGGCUAACAGGAAACAAGACUGGUCUGAUGUACCUAGUAGGGAAAUGAUAAACCAUGCUCAUGCUGCUGCUUAUCACCUGAAGAGAGCCCAAACUGGUCAGAUGGAUAGUGACUUUGGACCUUUUCGCUCUUGUAAGGUUUGGGGUUCUGUUGUUUCAGACAAGGGACCAUUUUCAGGUUCACCCGACAUGAGUCAGACUAGGAAGAAGUCAAAUUACAGCAAGUGGGAGGUGCUUCCAUUUGAGAGGCUAAGAAAGGAAUCCCAGGAGCACUACAUUGAAAUGGGGGGCGUUUCUUUGUACAAAAUGGAUGGAAACAAAUUGGAUGACCUUGUGUGCGUUAGGCAUGACCCGAGAGGUUGGACACAAGCAUGAUAACAAGCACAGAGGGUCGCUUAUGUAUUGAGGGAUCAAUAGUCUGCAAGCGAAGUAUUGUGAUUCUGUGUAUGUGGCUGUCACGAGAAAUAGAGGAGAAGCAAUUGUAUAUGCCCAGUGAUAAAGUGGAUCAAAAUUUGCUGAUGUUGUUUGGGUGCAUAGGCGGUGAGGGUGGCAGGGUGCCACGACAUGAUAUCUUAAAUUCCAUUCCUACAAGGUCAAGUUAACAUUGAGAAAAAAAAUGAAAGAGGGGUUGGGUGUGGUUUUAAUUUUCAUGGUUGUAAGGUGAAGUGUUCAAAAAUCCAAAGUUGAUGGUGGACAUUGAGAUUCAGUCUUUCGCAUUUGGGAUCCUUUGGAUGAAAGGAUAAGGUUGGGGAUUAGCGGGCCCAGUGAUUGAAGGACUAGUGCUCUGGCCCACCCGGAUUUCAAAGUUUUUCUUGGACGCUUGGGAAAACAGUAGCAAAAUGAGAUCUCUUGUAUUUAGCUCCAUAAAUUUUGUUCACAUGCUAUUCUGAAGUGCGGCUGACCUCUCUAUUGCAGAAUUCACUGACAAUGCAGAAUUCAAUGACAAUUGUUUCUGUGACAUGUUAAUGAUUAGCAUUUGGCUCGGUUCAGAGGGCUGAAAGUGUUAUUCAACAGUGAAAGAACUUGUGUUCUAUUUUGAAAUCACAAUCAUCAUAAACAAAAAAUAAAGGCAAGGUAAAAAUCUUCCCGCC